GUAUAAAGCCUGAAUAGGAAACCGCUAAGAUUUCACGGCUCUCUGACUCCAAAUUUAAUGUAUUACCAAUGGCCCUUUCUCUGAGAAAGCUUCGGCAGCCGCUCAAAGCUCUACGUAUCUGUUUCUCGCAAGCUGACGGCGGUUAUAAACUUCUCGCCGUCGUCUCCGGUGAACCUGCCGGUGUAGGAAGACGUGGAUCUAACGCACUGGAUGUCCGGCUUCUUAAUCGCCUGAUUCAUGCCGGUAAUCGCAGUUGUCUCUAUUACAAUCGUUACGAAGUUUCGUUUGUUAGUGGAAGUGCUUUAGAAUUGUAUAAUUCCUUCAAUUUUCAUGCGAAAGGGAGAAUUGGGGACUUGAAUUGCAGGGGAUUUUGCAGUAGUGUAGAUUCUGAAACUGAGUCUGACAGUUGUGAUGAGGAUGGAGGAGAAGGGGAGAACCGAGGAAUAGAAUCGAAAGCGGAGUCAGGGGAGGUGGAUAGGGUUUGUAAGGUGAUCGAUGAAUUGUUCGCUCUGGACCGAAACAUGGAGGCGGUUUUGGAUGAAUGCGGGAUCAAUUUGACCAGUGAUUUGGUGGUGGAUGUGCUGGAGAGGUUCAAGCAUGCCAGAAAACCUGCAUUUCGGUUCUUCUGCUGGGCUGCACAGAGGCCGGGAUAUGCUCAUGAUUCAAAAACAUACAAUUCUAUGAUGUCAAUACUUGGGAAAACUAGGCAGUUUGAGACUAUGGUUUCGGUCCUUGAAGAAAUGGGCGAGAAGGGCUUACUUACUAUCGAAACCUUUGCGAUUGCAAUGAGGGCUUUUUCUGCUGCAAAAGAGAGGAAGAAAGCCAUUGGGGUUUUUGAACUGAUGAAGAAGUACAAGUUCAAAGCGGGAGUGGAGACCAUCAAUUGCUUGCUCGAUGCAUUGGGAAGGGCAAAGCUUGGUAAGGAAGCCCAAGUUUUGUUUGAGAAAUUGGAGCCUAGGUUUGAGCCAAACUUGCAAACGUACACCGUUUUGCUCAAUGGUUGGUGCAAGGUUAAGAACUUGUUGGAGGCAGGGAAGACGUGGAAUGAGAUGAUCGACAAGGGUUUCAAGCCAGAUUUAGUCGCACAUAGUAUAAUGCUAGAAGGGUUAUUGAGGGGCAACAAACAGUCUGAUGCAAUCAAACUCUUUGAGGUCAUGAAAGCAAAGGGCCCUCCUCCUAACGCAAAAACCUACACGGUUUUGAUAAGAUACUUGUGCAAACACAAGAAGAUGGGCGAGGCGAUCACUUUCUUUGAUGAAAUGCUAGGUAGGGGAUGUAAGCCCGACGUUGCAAUUUAUACGUGUUUGAUCACAGGGUAUGGCAAUCUAAAGAGGAUGGACAAAGUCUAUGGGCUGUUGAAUGAGAUGAGGGAGAAAGGGUGCGUGCAAGAUGCACAACUAUAUAACGCGUUGAUCAAAUUGAUGACUAACCGGCGAAUGCCACAUGAUGCGGUGAGAGUAUACAAGAAGAUGGUCCAAAACGGGCUUCAACCUACCAUCCACACAUAUAACAUGUUGAUGAAGUGUUUCUUUAUGACAAAGAAUCACGACCUUGGAUUUGCAGUCUGGGAGGAAAUGAGGUCGAAUGGAUGUUGUCCUGAUGAGAACACUUAUACGAUCUUCAUUGGUGGGCUUAUAAGGGAGGGACGGUCAGCCGAGGCUUGUAAAUACUUGGAGGAAAUGAUAGGGAAAGGAAUGAGAGCUCCACAACUUGACUACAAUAAAUUCGUGGCCGAUUUUAGCCGGGCUGGUAAUCCGGAUAUAUUAAUGGAGUUGUCUCAGCGUAUGAAAGUCCAUGGCAAGUUUGAGAUCUCAGACCUCUUUUCAAGAUGGGCUGAGAUGAUGAAGACAAGUGUAAAGAGAAGAAACCCAGUUCUUUAACAAAAUGCCAUAAUGUGUUUUUGGGUGCAUCAAUACUCAAAGAGUAAAUAAUCUUUCUUCUUCUUCUUGAGCUUCCACCCAUGAUUUGAAAAUCUUACUUCAGGUUGUGGUGUUCACCAUUUAAUUUAAAAUCAAGGGUUUGUUUGGAUAGAGCAUUUUGAUGGGAAUGUUUUGAACGGGGAUGUAUAUCUAUAUCUCCCGCGCGGGACAAAAGGAUUACGCUUGCGUGAGUUACCAUUUUUCCCUCAAAUUUCUGCUCAAGAAAGGUUCCUGUUGUGAUCUCGAAAGUAAUUGUUGACACCAUUGAAGCCAGAUAUAACUCAGGGUUUUUGCCGGAAUGGGUGUGGCCAACAUUUGUGGUAACUGGCAAGUGUUCAUAUAAUUUACCCCUUUGGCAACAAUUUCAGAUAGGAAAAGAAAGUAUAGGGGAUUGA